AUGAUCCAUUUUCCCGUGAAAGUCACAGAGGGGUUUAUUGGCCAUUACGAGGAAUCCAUUGUGUUAAUAUCGGUGCUUUCGCGGCUUUUCGCCGACGGGUUUGUCCUGGUCUUGCCCGGAGGCGCUGCCUUCCAGGAGCUCGUGGAGGGAGAGGAGAGAGAGGAGAGAGCCGCGGAGAGCGGAGAGUGUGCAGAGGUUACAGCCGCGAGGAUGGAGCCUUCCGCCGGCCCGCCAACGGAUUUCGCGAUGCGCCACCCGUGCGUAAAACGCUGGCACCGUCUCCAGAGCGCGCAGGAGGGAAACAACACGGUCUAAAACUGCCAUUGACCACAUCAGACCUGCAGGAGGUCACACCGAGUCUUUACAAGCAUCGUGUUUUUUUUUUCAACUUUGGAGGAAAGGAUACAUAGAGAGCCAGGAAGAUCGCCAUGUCUUCGAGGAUUUAGUUUUUCUUUUCUUUUUUUCAAACCGGGUAAUUGCAUCCCUGUGGAUAUAAAGUGUGGACAGUUUUAAGAGUGAAGAGAAAAGAAGUGGAAUCCCCCCCCCUUGGGGUCCCAUUUCUCAGAGAGCAUGGAGAACAUUUCUUUCCCCGGCAGUGGGCUGCCUCUGUGUAACGACUCUGUGGACCUCUACUCCAUCGCGUCGGGAAACGGCACCGACCUGAACUGCACUCCCCCGUCCCUGUUCUACCCCUCUGACCAGUUCUCCGUCAUCCUGCCGGUCAUCUACUCCGUCAUCUGCGCGGUGGGGCUGACCGGAAACACGGCCGUCAUCUACGUCAUCCUCAAAGCCCCCAAGAUGAAAACGGUCACCAACAUGUUCAUCCUCAACCUGGCCAUCGCGGACGACCUCUUCACUCUGGUCCUGCCCAUAAACAUAGCCGAGUACCUGCUGAAGUACUGGCCCUUCGGCCAGGUUCUCUGCAAAGUGAUCCUCAGCAUUGACCACUACAACAUCUUCUCCAGCAUCUAUUUCCUGACGGUGAUGAGCGUCGACCGCUACCUGGUGGUCCUGGCCACGGUGAAGUCCAGGCGGAUGCCCUACCGCACCUACCGGGCGGCCAAGAUCGUCUCGCUGUGCGUGUGGGUGCUGGUCAUCCUCAUCGUCAUGCCCUUCACGCUGUUCGCCAGCGUGGACGUCAACCCGGACAGCGGCAGGAAGAGCUGCGUGCUGGACUUCCCCAGCCCCGAGAGCCUGUGGAUCAAGACCAGCCGCGUCUACACGCUCAUACUGGGCUUCGCCAUCCCCGUGUCCACCAUCUGCAUCCUGUACAGCACCAUGCUCUACAGGCUGAGGAGCAUGCGGCUCAACAGCAACGCCAAGGCGCUGGACAAAGCCAAGAAGAAGGUCACCAUCAUGGUGUUCAUCGUCCUGGCCGUCUGCUUGUUCUGCUGGACGCCCUUCCACCUCAGCACCAUCGUGGCCCUGACCACGGACCUGGUCCCCACCCCGCUCCUGAUAGGGAUCUCCUACAUGAUCACCAGCUUGAGCUACGCCAACUCCUGCCUCAACCCCUUUCUCUACGCCUUCCUGGACGACAGCUUCAGGAAAGCCUUCCGGAAGAUGCUGGAGUGCAGGCCGGCCUGAGGGCCAGACCCGUGUCCACUCAGGCAUGGACCAAUCGGAUAGCGUGGGGGAAAUAACCUAUUUCACCCAGGUUGUACGACGUUUUCAUGUUCAAACAUGGAAUCAGUUGUCUAGUUACGUCCAUAGCAACGAUACAUCGAGAAGAUUCAACUAAACAAUAUCUUGAAUUCCUUAAUUGAGGUUAACAGGAGUCCCUGUGGAUAAGAGGAACCAAAUUAGACCAAUAGCCUUCUCCGUGAGAAAAAGACAAAUUAUCUCGAAGAUUUUGGAGGAUAUAUUGAGCAAUAUUGGUUGCAAUAGAUGUCGACAAUUGUAGAUAACAUGCCUAAUUGUGGAAUCACACCGUAAGACAACAGCUAUAUCCAGCUGUGUCAAAGAAUGGAGAUCAUUUCCGAGAAUAGGAGGACUGCGUCAGUCAUGAAAGUCGAUAGAUGGGAAGCCCCCUCGUGUGUGACCUCCAAAUGCCUGUGUCCACUUCCCCUGGACCGAGGACCGUCCCUGGCAGGGUCAGACAUUAGCCGUGGAGAACACUGCGUCAGCGCUUUACAUGGUGUUCUGGAUGGAGAGCAGGCCUUCUUUUUUAUUAUUAUUAUCAUUAAUACAAAAUGAAAAAAACGUUUCUAAUAGUCUGAGUAUAUCAGGCUUAAAAAUGGUUGUUAAUAUGGGAAAUCUGACUAGUUUUCUAUGAGUUAUGUCCCGGGCUGGUUGGGUUACUUCAGAGCCUUAAGGGUGUGAUAACAAAGAAUAAAUGUGUUGUCAAAAUCAGAUGUUUAACAAGAAAUAUAAGAAAUAUGUAGGUUAUCUGAAAUGUUGGUGCCAUCUACCUCUAGAAAAGGUUUUUACAGCAUCUGUUUGAAUGGAGGAAGAACAGUUCUUCUAAUUCCAGGUCUGACCUGAGAAGUGACCGGUUCUGAUGGCGGUAUUGUAGAUAUGAGGGAAAUGAGGGAUAUGGGAUAUGGAAAAGCUACUCUGCUUCUCUUGUGAACUAUUUUUUUCCGUGAGCUUUUGUUGCCCCCUGUUGUCGGCGGGGGAGUUCUGCCUCAAAUUUAAAUCCUUAAUUCAAAUUCUACACGUAUAUGUGCAUAAAUUUAAAUAUUUCUGAAACGUUAUUGG